AUUUUCCAGACUGAGAAAACAGGUGGUGUUAUUAAGAUGAAGAUGCGAUGUAAUACAGGAAAAAGGUACUAUCAUAAUUUAAUACAAUGUUUUAUCAAUGGUUUUCUUAGCAUAUGUAGGAAACAACUCAUCUAAUUUGAUGAUUUUUAAUGGUUUGGUUUAGUAUCGGUUUUUAAUUGUAUGGUUUAGUAAUAAGGCAAAACACUGUGUUUUAUUAAUUGUAUAGAACAAUAUGUGGGCAACGGAAGGUGAAUUGGUUUAGUAGUUUUCAAGUUUAUUAAUAAGGCAAAUCAUGUAGUUAAUUAAAAGUCAAAACGUUGGGUUUAAUAUCAGUGGCAUAGGAAAAUAAUUAUUGAGCAAAACUAAUGUAUAGUUUAGAUUUAUUAUCCACCGUUUUAAACUUCAUGGGACUCCACCAUCAUGACUUUGACACCCAAAGACGUGAACCCCAUGCAACACAAGCCUUCCUCUCACUAACCUUAUACACACCAAAACAAAACAGAAAGUCCAAAGAGGAUCACCACACCAAAACAACAACGAAAAGCUUCAACACAAUGAGAGCGAAAGCAACUUUGGUUAACUUCAGAUCAAAGCUUUCAGAAUCAUGCAACAGAUUCGUCUCUCUCUUCCGCUUCAGAGUUAAGAGACCUGUCUUCAUGAGACCUCUUCGCCGUGCACGUCAUGGCAAUGUCAAACCUAGACAUCGACAUCAUCCCAAGAAGCCAAUCUGUCCUUCCUCUUUGCUGUCUUGUCUCUGUUUUCUCAGCAAAAUCAAAGACCAGAAGAUAAGCCAGACCAAACCUUUUAGUGUGAAGGAUGAUGAUUUUUCGAAGUUUACACAUUCGCCUCUUACGCCAGCAGCAGCCAAGAAGCUGUUCACUUCACCCAUCACGACACCUGUUUCUGCGUCAUGGACCAAGAAAUCACUGAACUCAAGAGAUACAUUCGAAGACAAUGCUGUGGAAGAUGCUUGCAGAAGCUUUGAAAACUAUCUUACUCAUCUGACUGAAGAAGGGAAAAUGGAUGACUUAAUGGACAUAGAGGAGCUUCUCUUCUGUUGGAAGAAUCUUAAGAGCCCUGUCUUCAUUGAACUUGUCUCCAGAUUCUAUGAAGAGCUCUGCAGAGACUUGUUUUCAGGUGAAUGAACAUAAUCCAAUAAUGUUCAAAGCAAAAAGCCUUUUUAUCCUUCUUUCUAAACCAGAAAAACAAAGUUUAUUUUCGGUUUUGGCAAUCAUUGCAAACAUCCUUUAAGGGUUUCUAAGUGCAAAGUGAAACUAAAAUGUGUGAAGACUAUCAAGAUUGUAUUAACCAUAAGCUUAAUCUUGAAUGUGAAAAGAGUUACAAAGCAAAUUAUCAUUUAUUAAAAUAUUAAUUUCCUUACCUACAAAACUUUUUAAAUAGCUGAAUCUCCAGAAAUGUUUUUGUUAAACAUUGAGAAAGAUAAACCUAAAAUCUAAUCACUGAAUCUCCAAUCUUAAACCCUAGCAUUGUGAUUAUAGUUGGCCUUCUGUUCUCUUCGUGUUUAGAACUAAGAAACUUUUAAUCUUUUGAAAAAGUCCUAGGAAUCCAAGAGAAACCCCCCUUAGGAAUCUUCCCUCUCUUCUUUGUUCCUUUCUUCGAACGUGUAAAUACAACUUAACGAGUUUCGUUUAAAGGCCCCACUUAUAUUAUUUUGGGCCAUAUUCGGCCCUUUAGAAGCUAAAUAAUGAUACGCCACGUGACAUAAAUGGUUGGUUCGGUCUGAGGGAGCGACAUAUCGAACUAUCCUUGUCAAAGCAAAGCGAGAGUUCCUGAUCAUGACUCCACUUGUGUAAUAUUCUCCACGUUUGUUUCCAAAAUCAUGUAGGAGCCGAAAUUAACCAAAUCACUUGAACAUUUUUAUGAACAAAAUUCUACGGUGUAACAUCUAACUAUAUCUCUUCUUUAUGAUAAGAAGCAUUUAUAACAUCUUAAACCAUAUAUAUAGGAUGAUACUUUUGUGUUAAACACAUUUAUACCAUUUUCGUUAUAAUAAAAACCGCAUUUAUACCUUUUCUAUGAAUUCAUCCUCCAUUUCUUGGAACACUUGUAGUAAUUCA